AUGUCGGGCUCGCGCUGCCAGACGCUGUACCCCUUCUCCGGGGAGCGGCACCGGCAAGGGCUCCGCUUCGCCGCGGGGGAGCUGAUCACGGUGCUGCAGGUGCCGGACGGCGGCUGGUGGGAAGGGCAGAAGGAGGACGGGCUGCGCGGCUGGUUCCCGGCCAGCUACGUGCAGCUCUUGGAGCAGAAACCCAGAAAGGCAACUCCUCAGACAGGAGAAGAUACCUUGAACAGCCAUCUUCCCCCUGGCUGGCAGAGCUAUAUGUCUCCUCAGGGCCGAAGAUACUAUGUGAACACCUUCACAAACGAAACGACCUGGGAGCGGCCAAGCAGUGUGCCUGGGACUCCAAAGAGCCCUGUGUCACAGAAGAGUUCUGCAGUGAAUGGCUACCACAUCUCUGGGACCCCAGUACACCAGCUCGACUCUGGUCAUAUGAGCCUCCGAAAAGCCAGUGGGGACCCCCAGACCCCGGGGUCCCCGGCGGCGCCGCGGCGGCAGAGCAAGGAGAGCAGCCUGACGAUAAACUGUGUGACUUUCCCCCACCCUGACGUAAUGCCAGAGCAGCAGUUGCUGAAACCUUCGGAGUGGAGCUACUGUGAUUAUUUCUGGGCUGAUAAGAAGGAUUCGCAAGGGAACAAUACAGUGUCAGGAUUUGAAAUUCUUCUUCAAAAGCAACUUAAAGGGAAACAAAUGCAGAAAGAAAUGGCAGAAUUCAUUCGAGAAAGGAUAAAGAUUGAGGAGGAAUAUGCUAAGAACCUGUCCAAACUGUCUCAGAAUUCCUUGGCUGCUCAGGAAGAAGGCACACUAGGAGAGGCUUGGGCUCAGCUAAAGAAGAGUCUAGCUGAUGAAGCAGAGGUUCAUCUCAAAUUUUCUUCUAAGCUUCAGAGCGAGGUAGAGAAACCCCUGCUCAACUUCAGAGAGAACUUUAAGAAAGACAUGAAGAAGUGUGACCACCAUAUUGCAGACUUACGGAAGCAUCUGGCCAGCCGCUACGCAGCAGUUGAAAAGGCCCGGAAAGCCUUGACAGAGAGACAGAAGGAUCUGGAAAUGAAAACGCAGCAGCUAGAGGUGAAGCUCAGCAACAAGACGGAAGAGGAAAUUAAGAAGGCGAGACGGAAGUCCACUCAGGCGGGAGAUGACCUGAUGCGCUGCGUGGAUCUUUACAAUCAAGCCCAGUCCAAGUGGUUUGAGGAAAUGGUGACCACCACUCUGGAGCUUGAGAGACUAGAAGUUGAAAGGGUGGAGAUGAUUCGGCAGCAUCUUUGCCAGUAUACACAGCUGCGGCAUGAGACAGAUAUGUUCAACCAAAGUACAGUAGAGCUUGUGGAUCAGUUGCUUCGGAAAGUGGAUCCUGCCAAAGACAGGGAACUGUGGGUAAAAGAACACAAAACUGGAGAUAUCCGACCUGUGGACAUGGAAAUAUAGACUGAUCUGUAGUUGUAUGUGAUGAGUCCACCGAAUUAACCAGGCUAAUGUUUGUUUAAGGGUCAGAAGAGCACAGGGAAAAGG